CGGAAGUUGUUUCAGCUGCCAUGUUUGGUUGCUUUGUUGUAGGCUUCUACCAGGUUUCCUACAGAAUCAGUAAGUGUGGAAAUGGAGCCGAGCUGGAGUACGUUUCUCUUCCAACAGGCCAAUGAAGCCCUCCACCACCAGCACCAGGUCGCCCAGAACAGCCUGCUGCCACUACUUAAUGCAGGAGCUGAUCAGGUUGACCAGAAGCCUGUAUUACCCAUCCAGAUAGACCAGAAGCCCCCUGUCAGUGCGGCUGAACUCCUCAAAGACAAUGUGGCCAGUGGAACAGGACAACGGCCACCCGUGCCUGUAAUAAAGAAGGAGCACAAAGGCAAAACACCUUUCGUCUGCGGAUACUGUAAUAAGGCCUUCCGUGACAGUUACCACCUGAGACGCCAUGAGUCCAGUCACACCGGCAUCAAGAUGGUGCCACGCCCCAAGAAGACGGCCCAAACGGCCCCCACCAUGGUACCCAUGAUUGCUUCCAUGGCCAGAGAGAACAAUGGUAACUCUUCCUACAUCUCCACAGUAGCAGGCAUGCUCUCUACGGCGACCACCUCCGUCUCUUCUGGCACCAGUAUCAUGACGUCACCCUCAAUGGGCAACAUGCAACAGCAAAAUGUCCCGAAGAAGCCCGCCAAGCCCGUCAAGAAGAACCACGGGUGUGAGAUGUGCGGGAAGGCUUUUCGUGACGUUUACCACCUGAACCGCCACAAGCUGUCCCAUUCAGACGAGAAGCCUUUCGAGUGUCCCAUCUGCCAGCAACGCUUCAAACGGAAGGACCGGAUGACCUACCACGUCCGCUCUCACGACGGGGGCGUCCACAAGCCUUACGUGUGUUCUGUGUGUGGGAAAGGCUUUUCAAGGCCAGACCACUUGAGCUGCCAUGUGAAGCACGUUCAUUCCUCGGAAAGGCCGUUCAAGUGUCAAGUAACGGCCUGUACCUCUGCUUUCGCCACCAAAGACAGACUCCGCUCCCACAUGAUCCGGCAUGAAGGAAAAGUUACCUGCAGCAUCUGUGGAAAGAUGCUGAGUGCGGCCUACAUCACCAGUCAUUUGAAAACCCACGGGCAGACCAACUUUAACUCCUGUAACAAAGAUGCUAAUGAAAACUGCAACUCUUCCUCAGCUACACCUGUGAGCGUUUCCGCCCCCAACACCUCAACAAUGAACAGGGGCAACGGCAACAACAACAACAACCCUGUCACCAUCGCUGCACAAAUGAACAUUAGCACCAACACUGUCAACAUCACGUCUCCAGUCAGCCUGCAGCACCCGGUCACCAUCACCGGCCCCGUCAACAUCGCGUCGGUGAACAUCCCCGCAUCGGCGCCGAUGAAUAUUGCCCACCCAGUGGCAAUAACGACGCCCAUGCCCAUGAAUAUAGCCGGUCCCCUAAACAUCGCAAUGAGGCCGGUGGAUAGCAUGCCUUUUCUGUCCCAAGUCUUGCCUUCCUCUCCUCCGUGGUAGAAUAAAAAAACAUCAGAAAGUAAGUUGGCGUCCAACUGGCGAGAUAGAAAAGGGAAAAUGAAGUGUAACGCAUCUGCACCUCGAAUACAGCUCCAACUCCCACCCCCCAACCCCAAACAAUGUUCACUUCAUCAAACACGAAGUGAAUGUUUACAUGAGCUGCGAGGCCGGGAGGAACUCCCCAAGUCCUAAUUACGUCCGAUUUAGGGUCGAGUGACUGGAACUCCAUGCAGGACACUCGAGUAGUAUUUGAAUAGGAAUUCAGGACAGCUUAAGACUUAGUGUAGUCAGUUAGAAUGAUAAAGCUGUGAGUUGUAUCAAGACAAACGAGAGUACGCGAUCCCUCAACCUGCUUGAGGACACUACACAAAAAAAACCUGCGUUUUCUAAGGGAGAAGUGUGAAAUGGACUGAAGCAAUAAAAGCUGAGUUGCUGUUUCUGAGGUUUUACAAGUUCUCCCCCAAACCUCUGGAUGUUAUUUUGUAUGUAGUUCUUUUUGUUUGUUUCUUUUGUUUUCAUUUUUUUUUUAACAAUAGCUUGUUAAUCACUAUUUAAUGUUAUAGAAAAUGAGUCUAGUUAAAGGGACAUCAACUUCCAUUUGCAUGGAAGUUUAUUUUUUCACAAUGUUAUAGCAUUUUUUUUUCUUUUCUCAGAUACUAGAUAUGCUUUUGAGGUACAGUGACUAACUUGUACAGUUGACAUAGUAAUGUAUUUUUCACGUCAGCAUUUUUUUUUUAUUUUUGCAUUCGAGCAGACAACUGGAUGCUGUCCUCGACUAUAAAAUACAAUUUUUUUUUAUUUUUUUUGUACAUUUUAGUGUUUCUUUUUUCAUGAAGUCAGAGUGGAACGAGUCUUGCACUGAAGGCAUAUCCUACAUGCAGGUGUACAGCAGUAUUAUCAAAGAUCAAAUGGAGAAGUGUUGGGGGGGGGGGUCAACCAGCCUGCACUUGAGCGCCAUCUAGUGGCUGAGCAUUGUAAAAGUCUGGCCUUAUAGUAAAGCUUUACAGGCUGUUGAUAUCAAAAGAUGACUAAAUAGAUUGAGCCAACUCUUUGUUAAAUUGUUUUUGAUUUAUUAUGAUUAUUUAUCAUUUAUCUGUUACAGCCCCAAGGUUAUACUACGGACCUUUCACUCAGGAAACCCAUACAAAACGUUAUACAUCAAUUUGGGUGUCAAUUUUUUAACAUCCACCUUCCCUGAAGCAUUUGGCAUUGACAAAAAUCCUAAACAAAUGUUUUUAAACAGCCGUCCAUAGUGUGAUCAUUGUACUGUACAACAAAUUCAAAACUGUACAUGUAUUUUUUUUUUAUUUAGCUUUAUUUUCUGUUUUGCAUUUCCUUUAAAGUUCAGUUUUAGUUCACAAAAAGAGUGAUUGAGAACUGAGCAGUUUUGAUGAAAUGCCAGUCUGUCCUUUUAAAAAAUAAAGUAAAAAUAUUGAAGGAGGUUGCAUGACCCUGAACACUGUAGCUGUCGAACAUUAACUAUUUUUUUUUAAAAACGAAUGCUAUGUUAUCUCAGUAGUGUUGCAGCCGAUUGAGCUGAUCCAGUUUAUACUGAGAAAUGCAAUAUGCAUGUUUGUCAUUUUUCCAAAAAUGUUUUAAACAAAAAUUAGUGUAGCAUUAUUUUUUUUGUUUUUUUUUUGUAUUCUUAUGCAUUUACGUAGAUGUUCUAAGAUAGCCUGUUUGCCAAAUUGAAAUCAGUAAAAAUGUGAUAACCUGAAUAUUUCUUGUGGAAUUAAACAUUUCUCUUAUUUUUAAGGACAAAUGGUCAAAAUUGGAAAUAUCAGGACCCUCGUGAAAAGCAGUUGAAUGUAUAUCUUUGUACAAAAUUAUUUUAGUUCCAAGGAUAUGGUAGUCAAAAAUAGAUGUGAAAGAUAAGAUAACCUUUUUUAUAAAUCUUUUGUAUUAGAACAAUAACGUUGAUAAUUUUGUAUAUAUGAGAAGCUAGGCUUUCUGAAUAGCAGAAAGGUCGAACAUUCCUACAUUUUUUUUAAAUGUACGUUUGUCAAAUUAUUAAACAUGCGCAAUGUUAUGUGCCUUUUAUUUGGGUUGUCUAAAUAAAAGAAAAUUAUCAAA